UUGCUGUUUGACAAUCGGUUCAUUUAACGCGUGUAUUUGUUUUAGCAAAACAGAAAACAUUUUGUUAUUUCUUUUAAUUUAAAUUUUAAAGGUGUCAAACGCAGAAAAUAAACGAGAUAACAAUUAUAAGCAAAGAAGGACAAUUCGCGGUGUCUAUGAUUACAAUGUCUUCGAACAAACUUUGUCAAAUAUGUUCCAAAGGAACUCAAAAAUACAAUUGUCCGCGAUGUAAUCUUUCCUAUUGCUCGGUCGAAUGCUAUAAAUCACCCAGCCAUUUGAAAUGCUCUGAAGAAUUUUAUAAAGAGUGUGUACUUGAAGAAAUGUCAGCUGAAAGCAAAAUGAAAAAAGCAACCGGUCGCUCAAGUGGUGAUGAAGAUGUGAAGAAAAUGUACGAAAUGUUAAAAAGAGUGGAAAGUCAGCAACAAGAUGAAUCUGAUUUUGAGCAUUCCGAUGAUGAUGAGCCACUUGACUCAGAUGAUGACGAAGAUUCAGCAGACGCUGGUGAUUUAUCGAAACGCUUAGAAGGAAUUGAUUUGAAUGAUGCUGAUGCGAUUUGGUCGAAAUUAACUGAAAGUGAACGCCAAGAAUUCAAUCAAAUUGUGCAGAGUGAGGAUGUUACUUCACUUUUACCCACAUUCAAUGCAUGGUGGGAGAAUAAAAUCAAACGGAAAUUAGUGACCGAAUUGAAUGGAGAUGAAAACGAUGAAGUAGAAACAAUAGUCGACCACCCACAGAUUGUGGAAUCAAUUGUUGAUUUUGCACGAAUUUCAACAAAAACACCAGCUUCCUGUGUUCUCAAUAAUUUAAUUAAUGUACUAGCCGCUUAUGCAUCUAUGGUACGGUAUUUUUAUGGUGAAUAUAAUUCAAACAAAAUUGAAGCGGUCAACUAUUUGGUGGCGGUGUGCGCAAAUCUUCGCACCAAUGCUAAUUUUGAUGAUUCAGAUGUAGCCAUCGAAUCAAUUCGGCACGAUGCACUCAACGAAGGCUAUGCGAUCGAUGAACAUGAUGUGAAGCAAAUGAGAAGAGAUGUUAGUUAUAUCAUGGAAGGUCCAAUUCAAGAUAAUCAAACAAAUAUAUUUGUCUUGGCUGCCUUAUCGGAUUUGCAUCGACUUUUAUUGGCCGUAAAAGUUGAACUGAAAUCUACACAAACACAAAUAACUGCUUUAGCAAGUGUGGCCAAUGAUCCAUGCCCAUCUUCCAGCAAAUCAACAAAUGAUUCGAAGAAAUUUACUAAACGCUUUAAUGAUCAGAAGGAAAACAUUUGCUUGAAGUUAGAAAAAGGAAAAUUAACCGCAGUUACCAAGAAAAUCGAAUAUUAUUUGGCAUAUGUUAAGAAAUAUCAGUAACAUUCAUUUUAAUAAAAUUUUGUAUUAAUUUCUUAUGAUUACCUGCUUCUCAAUUGUAAUACGAUUGAUUUUAAAUGAUAAAAUAGAUUCGAUUGUGUUCGA